CCGCCUUCAAUCAUUUCGUCGUCUUCAAACUUGGUGGAAUUUUCAUUCUUUUGUCUCCGCGCAGCUCAACACCGUCGUCGACAACUAAUCCGACAAAACAGCCACCUUCAUUCAAAAUGGGUCGUCUUCACUCCAAGGGAAAGGGCAUUUCUGCCUCCGCUCUGCCUUACUCUCGCUCUGCCCCCUCCUGGCUCAAGACCACCCCUGAGCAAGUUGUCGACCAGAUCUGCAAGCUCGCCAAGAAGGGUGCUACCCCCUCCCAGAUCGGUGUCGUCCUCCGUGACUCCCACGGUGUUGCCCAGGUCAAGCACGUCACCGGUAACAAGAUUCUCCGUAUCUUGAAGUCCAACGGCCUCGCUCCCGAGCUCCCCGAGGAUCUGUACCACCUCAUCAAGAAGGCUGUUGCCGUCCGCAAGCACCUUGAGCGCAACCGCAAGGACAAGGACAGCAAGUUCCGUCUCAUUCUCAUUGAGUCUCGUAUCCACCGUCUGUCUCGUUACUACAAGUCCGUCGGUGUUCUGCCCCCCACCUGGCGUUACGAGUCCGCCACCGCCUCCACCCUCGUUGCUUAAGUGAUUCUUUCGUCUUCACGGUACCUGGGUUGGUUGGUGAGUUGGCCGGAAUUGUAGUCCUCGUUGUCUUCUUUCUUACCCUGAGAAUGGGUGGGUUUUGAAAAUCGUCUAGUGUUGGUUUGUGGCGGGCAUUAGAUGGUGGAUGGAUUAUAUCCUGUCGUCGACUAGAAAAUUAAAAGAACUUUUCGUGACCA